GCAGAGUGCAUGGAGCCACCGAAUCCUCCUUUUGCCACCAUCAGACGAUCACCCUCAGUAUUCAGGUCACCUUGGAGGUGGAUAAACACGAGGUCAACUUUUUACUGCAACAUCAGUUAGAUGCAUCCUCAGGAAGAUUAAAAGCCCAGGCAAAAACAAACUGGUUCAGUAAUGUGCCGGCUCUGGCCCAGGCUGCAGCCAUGCCUCUUCUGGAAGAGACCGCUCUGCCACAAGAGCACCCACCCACUGUCCCUGUGGUCAUCAUAGGCAACGGGCCAUCAGGUAUUUGUCUGUCCUACCUGCUGAGUGGAUACAAGCCCUACCUAGAUACAGCAACUGUCCACCCAAACCCGAUACUCUACAGGAAGCUGCAGGAGACCAAACACCUACCCAUCACUGAACAGGAUCUGGAAUAUUUGAGUGAAGGUCUUGAGGGGAGGUCGAGGAACCCCGUGGCUGUGCUUUUUGACACACUACUGCACCCCAAUGCUGACUUUGGCUACGAGUUCCCUCCUGUCCUUCAGUGGAGGAGGGACAAGCAGCAACACAUCCCGCAUCUGGUGCUGGGGAGGGCAACACCGGGAGGUGCCUGGCAUGCGAUGGAAGGCUCCAUGCUGACUAUUAGUCUUGGCAUCUGGAUGGAGCUUCCUGGGGUUAACUACAGAGACUUGACGAAUGGGAAACGCAGGGACGUAACCAGUGACAGAGCCACCCCAGAGGAGAUCUCAUCCUAUUACCGUAACUAUGUGAAGCUAAAGGGCCUCCAAAAGAAUUUUGCUGACAACACCUACGUGACCUCCGUCCAGAAACUCUGCCGGGGUCACAAGGGGGAAGGUCUGGAAAACGGACAUACUGAUCAAGGAGAUGGAGGGGUGGGAGAUGGUGGGAAUGAAGGCUUUGAGGGAAAUGGAGUUGAGAGUCUAAACAGUGGAGGAGGGGGGGCUCUCUGGGAAGUGAGGGGAUACCAGCAGGUGCAGAACGACACUCAUGUCCCUUUCUCUGUGUUUGCCGAGAAUGUGGUUCUGGCCACCGGUGCCUCUGAUUCACCAGUCCGUUUGGGCGUAGAGGGGGAGGACCUACCGUUUGUCUUCCACAGCAUCUCAGACCUGGGUGUGGCUGUUAGCCGGAGAAAACUGGACAUGAACUCUGAUCCGGUUUUAAUCGUAGGUGCCGGUCUAUGCGCUGCAGAUGCAGUUCUGUGUGCAUGUAACAGCAACAUUAGAGUGCUGCAUGUCUUUCGUAAGAACGUAGACGACCCAGACCUCAUUUUCAAACAGCUGCCCAAGACCUUGUACCCAGAGUACCACAAAGUCUACAACAUGAUGUGCUCUCAGACCCACACAAACGUGGCUCCCUCCUCUGCUUCAAACAGACCCCAGCCCGUUAGUAUUGCCUCAUCAGUGUGUGCCAAGAUGUGCCCAAAGCCCCAACUCUCUGCAGGUAACGUGGCCAAUAACGCCAGUGUCAAUCUGUUUCCUGACUACACCAGUUUCCCUGAGCACUGCGUGGUGUCCUUGCAGUCUGACAUGAAGUGUUUGCUGCAGGGGAACAACUCCCUCAAGGCAUUCAAGAUCUCCAUGGCCCUAGUGCUGAUAGGGACCAAUCCAAACUUGUUUUUCUUGAAGGGGCAAGGCCAGUACCUGGGUCAGGAUCCAACAAAACCCGUCUCCUGCAAGCAGAACCCCAUUGACAUCCACCCCUACACUUUUGAGUGUACCAAGGAGCCAGGUCUGUUUGCUAUGGGCCCACUAGUGGGAGAUAACUUUGUUCGCUUUCUGAAGGGUGGAGCUUUAGGCAUCGCCUCCUGUCUGCUGAAGAGACUCAAGAAAAAAGGGAAGCUCAUCAGCAACGGAGGCAAUAACUUCAUUUGAAAAUAAUGAUGUGGAAAAGAGCCCUACACGUUGCGAAGUAGGGUGCAGAUUUCAAGUCCUCUUACCAAGUGGUGUAAAUGGUAAAGGGGAAAACAAGAUUUUUAAUAUGUUUUAAAUCAUUAACGCAGUGUUUUCUCAUCAAAGCUAAGGCAUUUUUACAACUUCUUGAGACCAAAAAGACAAUGGAUGUACACCAAUUCGUUUCUAAAGAAACAGAGCUUUCCAGAGUUUCGUCUGACUUCAUAAGAAGUCCCCAGAAGUCCAAGCUACUGUGUGCCAAUGUUUUUAAGUCAGUCUGUAACCUCACAACUGAAUGGGACCUUAUUUUCAUCAGGGUUAUUUAUUCGUUCACCAUGUGUCUUUUAAUCCAUUUACUAACAACAUUUAAUUUCUACUGUAUCACACUUUAAGUCUUUCUUUAGCCUAGCCUUUAGGAGAGGAACAAUCAAAAUCAGAGGGCGCCGCACUCACUCUCCAUGCAACUUAUAGUUGUGUAAGUGACGGACUCACGCAGAGAAAUCUGUUGUCCCAUUUACAAAGUUACCAUCACCUGAACGUAAAAUCCAACAAGUUCAUGGAUAAGCAAUUUUUAAUGUUCCUGAUUAUUCUGAGCCUACCAUAUUUUUUCUUUUUUUUUUUUUUUUUUUUUUUAACAAUCAGAGGAUUCUUCGCUUAGCUGCUAAUGUAGGUAGUUUUAGCCAUAUACUUAAAAAAGUUAACCGAGUCUUAUAAAUCUGACCUGUUGCUUUGGUAACAGCGCUACUCAAACACUUUCUAUGCAAAUAUCUUCACUUGCAGGUCUGAAUGUAUUCUUGGGAAACAGUUACUAAUUUUAUUGUUUGGAUUCAAGUAUUCUGGCAAACAAUAUAGUCAUUAAAGGAUCAGUCUGGUGUUUUAGAUUUUUUCUUCUUGAUUAUAUAUAAUCUCCAUUUACCAUUGGUACUCCAAUGAACAGUGAAAAUGUUGAGAUUUUUAAUUUUCAAAGUUUAACCUUAAGAACAGCAAACUUCGUAGCACAAAAGACAAUUAAAUUCACAUAAUCUUCAUCCCACUGAUAAUGUUUGUUUUAGGAAAUAUUGUGGAUGUUUCUGCCAAAAACUUCUCAUCAAAUCAACCCGUUCUUUAAAUUGUAUUGCCUCUUACUGAUAAAUUUAGACUAAAUGAAGAUGGGCACAGUGCUCAUUGUGAGGGGGUUGAAUGUGAUUUGCAGAAAACAAAACAAACACCAGUAUGGUCCAUUACCUUAACAAUGUUUUUCUUGCCUUCAAAAGCCAAUAGCAAGUUCAACUGAAGCGAAAUCUAUAUACAGUAGAUGAACAUGGAGAAGGGGUUUAAAAACAAAACACAGAAGAGCACAGUUAACAGCUUAAUAUCCAUUUCUACAAUCAUACCAUCCAAAUAGUUUAUUUUUAUAUUGUUAGCCAACUUAAUCUCAGCAUCCACAUGUAUUUUUAUAACAGUUUGCCAUUGUGAAGGCGAACAUCUAAACUCCGUCUUGGAACAACAGACUAAGUACCCCGGCUAGCAAGUUUGUUUUGUCCUCUUUUGGUUUUAUUCAUAAUUCCCAACUCUACAUUCGUAUGUGUGUAUAUAUACACAAUCCUUCUUCCAUUUUCUAAUGCAGCUUCACAGUAAACCAAGCCAAUAUUGUUUUGUUAAGUGCCAAGCAACAGCUGAGACAGGUGGUGAGCAGUGACAGUAGCAAUCUAUUCUUUAUUACCACUCUGUUUUCCUCUCCUUCACCGUCACCGUCUGCAGAGUGUGAUACAUAACUCUUUUGUGUGCCGCUCACGCACAGCUCAUGGUUUGUUUAUUGUGAUGUGAAACUUUUAUCCCAGUGAAGGGAUUUUUUUUUUUUCCUUCUGCCUCCUUCAAAACUAUACGGUAGUAAGAGUCAGUGUUGGGGGUAAUGCAUUACUAAAUAACACUGUAGUCACAUUACUUUUUCCACUAACAAAAUAGUUUAACAUUGCUAUUUAAGUUUUGGUAAUCAUAUAACAGUUAACUAGUGGAAAUGUUGUUACUUGUGUUAAAUACUGAAUUUCAAUUAUUCCUUGAUGCUUUUUUUGACUGACUUGUUUUGAUAUAAAUAUUAAAUAUAUGCAUGCAGGCAUGAACCAUUGCCUAGCAGCAGCUGCUGAGAGCAGAUGACAGAAAAGUGCUAUGAUGGGUGGCUCAGAAGUGGAGACAACUCUUUUUAUUUCUUCGAAUUUACUGAAAGGAAAUAUAAAAAACGUGACCCUGUUAGAUCCUGGUCGGACAUUACUGUUCACCGCUGAGAUCUCCAAGAGCAAUCUGGUUGCUAAAUAAAGCACCAACAGUUUUACUGUGUCCAUCCAUAUACUUGACAUUUUAGUACAGAUCUGAGUCGAUUUUAGGAAACAACUCACAAAUAGUGCUAGUUAAUUUGCUUUCAUAAUCAAAGUUAGGGAUGCACGAUAUUGGACAUUUGCUUAUAUCCAAAUGACGAUAUUUUGGCUGACGCUGAUAUAUGCACGUCUUUUAAUUACAUGAAGCAUUGCCCUUAAUGGCAAAAUAUAUUAAUAUGCUUAUCUUAUUGUAAUGGCCCUCUGGCAGAUGCGGACAAACAAUGCUUUUCACAUUUAGUGGAGAAAAUAAGGAAACUACUUUGUCAACAUUUGUGUUGCGUUUGCAUAAUUAAAGCAUAAUCUUACAGAGUGCUAUAGUAAUGAGUCCUAAAACCUGGAAAUGAGUUGGCAUUUGAGCACUGCUGGUUCCCUCAUCUCAAAGCCUGUGAGGUUUUUGAAUUGGUUUUAAUGAGGUCUGUGGUUAACACAGGCUUAAGUUAUUUAUUUCGUUCUACAAGACAAAAUGCAAAUUAUUACAACUCUAACUUUAUAAUUUAUACAUUGAUCAAGUGACAGAAAACUUGUAUAUAAUUGUGAAGUAUGAUGCUUAGUGGAGGUGAUGUUUAAGUCAUACAAUGGCAGGUAAGUCUCUUUAUAGCAUUAACAUUAGCUUUUUACUUUUAGAUUUAAUUUAGGCUUCAAAAGUCAGUGGUGUUAAUCUGAGAAGAUCAUCUCUGUGUAAGUAUCGCAAAUUUAAAUUUCCCACAGAUCUUAUUUUAGGUGUUAAUCCAAUAUCCAAUUAAAAAAUACCACAGGCUUUUUGUCAAGGCGACCAGGGUGAUGCUAACUUCCAGGUUAACCUACAAAAAUAAAUGAUCCCUACACCACUCUGUUGGCCUGUCAUAUUUGUAGAAAUGUUCAUUUUGGGCCAAUGUGAUAUUUAAUUUUAAGAUAACAAUGAUGUGUCGAUAUGGUUGUGCAUUGCUAUUCAGAUUAAUCUCACUUCUAGAAAAGAACUGUGUUAAAAAGUCAGUCUCCUUCUUCCUUUUGGCAACCUGCUGCUCAUGAAAAAAGACUUGUUAAUCGCACAAUUCAUGCUGAAUGCUCUGUCGACUCUCAAUGUACACAUGGCACUUGCCUUGAAUGUGAAGGUACAGGUGGGCUUCCACCAUCUCCACAGAAAGAGCCAUGGUUGCUUUGGCAUGUAAACUACUUAUCUGAACAGUUUCAGAUCUGUAAAAGUGCCUGUGGGGUUGGCUCAUUGGAGAGCGUUCAAGAAAUGGCAACUUGAAUCCUAUUUUAAGUUUCUCUUUGAGCUAAAACCAGGGAACACAUUUGGUCUUAACUUCAAAACUAAGGAAAAGAUGCUUUCAGCAUGUAGAGUUCAACGCUCUCUUGUACAACUGAAGAGUUUGUAAUGUUUUGUAUGCCGCAUUUUUUUUAUUAUUGACAAAUAAAAACUUUAAGAAACA